AUGUUGCGAAUAGCUAGCAGCAUAAUCAGAGUUCGUUCGCGCGAUGGCGUGAUACUUAAGUCGAGGACGUUCCGUGUUACAGAUUUACCCAGGUUCGGCAAACCGUUGAACAACCUUACAGUCUCGGUGGGUCGCGAAGCCAUUUUCACCUGCAUCGUCGAGACUCUCGGACCAUACAAGGUAGCGUGGUUACGAGUCGAUACGCAGACGAUUCUAACGAUAUCGAGUCACGUUAUCACGAAGAAUCAUCGGAUCGCAGUUACACACAUUAGUCAUCGAACGUGGGAUCUGCAUAUAAGAGAUACGCGCCAGAGUGACAGCGGUUGGUACAUGUGCCAGGUUAAUACUGACCCGAUGUCCAGCAUUACUGGGUUUCUCGAAGUUGUUGUGCCACCGGAUAUCCUGGACUACCCCACCAGCACGGACAUGGUGGUACGGGAGGGCAGCAACGUGACGUUACGAUGCGCGGCGACAGGAACACCGGAGCCGACGGUCACGUGGCGUCGUGAGACGGGCGGCGCGAUCAGCUUGUCAAACUGGCAAGCGACGAGUUUCGAAGGUCCAGAGCUGGAAAUAACACGCAUCACGCGUCUCCAUAUGGGACCUUAUCUCUGUAUAGCAUCCAACGGAGUGCCACCAACAGUCAGCAAGCGAAUCCUUGUCACUGUUCACUUUCAGCCUAUGGUUUGGAUCGAAAAUCAACUAGUGGGUGCUUACGAAGGGCAAAGCCUCACCUUGGAAUGUCACAGCGAAGCUCAUCCAGAGCCUAUCACUUAUUGGACGAGGGCAACAAAUGAGACUAUCGCCAACGACGAGAACUAUAAGGUCGAAGCAAUCCCUAAGGGAUAUGAGGUGUUGAUGAAGCUUAUAAUAAGAUCUGUACGAGUCCAGGAUUUUGGAUCCUUUCGGUGCGUGGCAACGAAUUCUCUCGGAGAAACUGAUGGAAAAAUAAAACUUUACAGAAUCGAUAAGCCAACUACCCGCAGACCGGGCUCGAGGCGGGAGUCGAAGAAAACAUGGAAGAUCGAUCAUAGCCAUGAAAAGAAGGCCGCCGGUAUGAAGGACGACCCGAUGCUGAAAGGCGAUGAUAUUGGCGACGAGCAGAUCGAUUUUCAGUCGGCGACGGCCUCAUCGGCAUUUCAUCGCCACUUGCUUACAAAUUUUGGAAUUACUGCCAUAACCGCGAUAUUGGCCGGCGGUUUAUCCACGUAGGCCACCGUGUUGUUUCGAAGAAAACUAUACGUAAAGAAGAUUAAAGUAAUAUAGAAAGACUCUCUGGAUGCGGGAUUAAACAUCGCGCGUGGCAAGCAUCGCAACGAAGUAAUGUCGAUAAGAAUAAUGCUGCGAAAAGGGUCGCUGUUCCCGAUAAAAAGUCUCUUCCUGUUGUACAUGAAAUUUGCAUAAAAUGGACGUAGAGUGAAGACCUGUUUUUAUAUAGAAGCAUGAAGGGUCUGAAGUAUCUGAUUGAUCAGAGUGACCGGGGUACUUCGUGAGGGAGCGUAAUUAACACAUUGCAAGCCGAACGUGUACUAAUAGACUUUCCUCUCUAUCUAAAGACGUAGAAAGCCACCAAUCUAUUAACCCCUUUACGCUGAAGGCGUCAGAGUAGCUGGCUUUUACCGUUCCCAUUCCGAGCGGUAACCUUGUUGACCUCGCCAUCACUUGAAGAAGAAAGUCUGUAAAUUAAGUAAAAAGGGGCACACAUUAUUUGCAAUCGCACUUUCUGAUAAAUUGUUAAAAUAAAUAUUUUUUUGUU